AUGCUGACUGCAGUGCUGCUAAGCUGUGCCCUGCUGCUGGCACUGCCAACCACGCUUGGGGCCCAAAUGGGAUUGGCACCCCUGGAGGGCAUCAGAAGGCCUGACCAGGCCCUGUUACCAGAGUUCCCAGGCUUAGGCCUGCAAGCUCUGCUAAAGAAGACUACUGCAGAACAAUCAGAAGAGGCUCUGCUACAGAAGGCAGAAGCUUUGGCAGAGAUGCUAGACCCGCAGAACCGUGAGCUCCGUUCCCCGCGCCGCUGUGUAAGGCUGCACGAGUCCUGUCUGGGACAGCAGGUACCAUGCUGUGACCCGUGCGCCACUUGCUACUGCCGCUUCUUCAACGCCUUCUGCUACUGCCGCAAGCUGGGUACGGCCACCAACCCCUGCAGCCGCACCUAA